AUGGAACGGACCUCAACUUACGAUUCCCUGCUCGGGACCUGGAGUAUUAUGGCGUCUGAUGGAGAAACUCCGACAGGCGUGGUCUUGGAUCGGUUCUUGUUACAUGCAUCUAGGUUGUAUGGAAGCGUGGAGAGCGUUCUCUGUGCUGGGGCAGCCAUUGGUUUAUGCUGGGCAGCGUGGCGGUACUACGAGCGCACCGUGUGCCUGCGCAGCUACGGUCGUGACAUGACCGCCUGCAGCAAACAGGCAGUCAGCCCGGUGGUCGGCCGCGACAGCGAGAUAGACCGUGUCAUCUCCAUCCUCUGCCGCAAGACCAAGAACUGUGCCGCGCUGGUCGGUGCUGCAGGAGUAGGCAAGACAGCCAUCGCCGAGGGCCUUGCACAGCGCAUCGCUGCCGGGAAGGUCCCUGCAGCACUUGCCGGGGCUCGCGUUGUGGAUGUUGAUCUCGGGGCGAUGGUGGCCGGGACCAUGUUCCGUGGCAUGUUCGAGGAACGCUUGAAAGGCGUGAUAAAGAAGGCGGAGGAUUCAGGUGGCAAGAUAGUUCUAUUCAUCGACGAGAUGCACACGCUUCUCGGCGCCGGUGCAGUGAGGGGGGGAUGCCAGGAUGCUGCCAAUAUGCUGAAGCCGGCGUUGGCCCGUGGUCGCAUCCGCUGUGUGGGUGCGACGACUUUUGAUGAUUACCGUAAGUACAUUGAGAAGGAUGCCGCACUCGAGCGGCGGUUCCAGAAGGUGCACGUUGAGGAGCCUAGCGCGCAGGCCACCAUUGCCAUGCUGCGGGCGCUAAAGCAGCAGUAUGAACAGCACCAUGGCUUAGAAAUCCAAGAUGCCGCUCUUGUUGCUGCCGUACAGCUCGCUGGCCGCUACAUCACCGGUCGUCAAUUUCCUGAUAAGGCAAUUGACCUGAUUGAUGAGGCUUGUGCCACAGCAACCAAAACAAUGAUGCGAGUUGGCGACCAAAAAGAGAAUGUUAACACUGUGCAGUGUAGCUCUAAAAAUGCAGUGAAGGAGGCAAUUGUUUGCCCUAAUCAUGUAGCUCAAGUUGUGAGCCAGUGGACUGGAAUUCCUGUCACUGCACUUGACCAAGAGGAGAAGGAUAGACUAAUUCACCUAGCGAGCAGACUGCGGGAGCGAGUUGUUGGCCAGGAUGAGGCUGUAAAUCUGGUUGCACAAGCAGUGUUACGUUCCAGAGCCGGCUUUGAUCAGCCUGGACAACCCAUAGGCUCUUUUCUCUUCUUAGGCUUGUCUGGUGUUGGAAAGACAGAGCUUGCAAAAGCUCUUGCUGUGCAGCUAUUUGACAGCGAGAAGAUGUUAGUUCGCUUUGACAUGUCUGAAUAUGUUGACAGGGGAUCUGUGCUGCGUCUCAUCGGAGCACCUCCAAGCUAUGAAGGCCAUGAAGACGGUGGACAAUUGACGNAGAAAAUCAGGAGACGUCCAUACAGUGUUAUCCUUUUUGAUGAGGUGGAGAAGGCAGAUCCAUCGGUGUUGAACCUCUUUAUUCAACUUCUGGAUGAUGCCGUGUUGACAGAUGGGAAAGGCCGGACCGUAGAUUUCAAGAACACCAUCAUCAUUAUGACCUCAAAUCUAGGAGCGGAGCACCUAACAGCAGGAAUGGCUGGAAAAAUCACAAUGGAAGCUGCACGCGACCUUGUGAUGCAUCAGGUCCAGAAACACUUCAAACCUGAGCUUCGCAACAGAAUGAGUGAGAUUGUUAUAUUUGAGCCACUUUCGCUCGACAAACUGAAGGAGAUUGUGAAAAUUCAGAUGGAGAGCAUUGUCGCCAGCGUAGCUAGCAAGGGCAUCUCUCUAUCUGCGAGCGAUGCCGCUCUGGACGUGGUUUUGUCGGAAUCAUACAACCCAAUGUAUGGCGCAAGGCCUGUAAAGAGGUGGUUGCUGAAGAAUGUGAUGACUGAUCUCUCCGAGAUGCUGGUCAAUGGACAAAUUAGUGAAGGCUCGUCAAUCUCCAUUGAUGCUGCCAAUGAGAAGACGCUCAAGUUUGAAGUGUUGAAGGUGUCAGAUCCGCGACCCAAGAGUCUGACGGUCAAACUCCCUGGUAACUGCGAGACUGUGUAG